AUGGAUGAAGCUAUCCUACAGAAGGUACAAGAAGCGCUUACGGACAACGAUAAGGUGUUCCGAAGGAGCAACAUUGAGCAUGUCUACAAACGAACUCGCAAUGAGUGGCAGAAGAGAAUGGUAAAUCUUCUCGUACAAACGGGAAAGGACCUCGUACAAACGGGAAAGGACCUCGUACAAACGAAGGAGGGAAUCAACUACCUGCAAAUUUUGCUAUCAUCGAUUGUCUCGGAACAUCUGCGUUCCGAUCUAGAGUCAUCAUCCAACCUUACUCACGAAGAGGAGAAGUACGCAAAAUACGGACUUGCAAAGAGCACCAUCCUCGACAGUGGGUCUACAACACACAUUUGUAAUGAUCUAUCAUGCAUGUACGACUAUGUCGAACAGAAAGGAUCGAUGCUUGCAGGCAAAGCAGAGUGUCAGAUCCUAGGAUACAGAAAAGAUUCCUCACAAACAUUGCAUCACCAGAUGAACGCAAAGAAUAUACAUUGGGAUUCCCGAACGCGCGAGCUAUACCAUAAGAAUGGGGUGCUCUGCUAUACACCGCGACAUUUCGGACAAACGGUCUUACGAUACGUUCUGAUCGAUGCUACAUUCUUCGUACAAAUGGAAAAUGAUCUCGGACAAAUGGAGGAUAAGAAAAUCCAAGUUGCUAUAAGCACUAGGAAUGAUCUCCCGAAAGAAGGCACUCCUCAAAAGGAACAAAGCCAUGAGAAGGAUCGUACGAUAAUUAUUCAGGAUAGUACGAACGAUGUUAGCGUUCCUAUGAAAGGAAGUGCACCAUGGCCUACACCCGACCUAUCCUCACCUAUCCUGCAAUCGGAACAUGAGGAUGAAGAUGAUGAUAUUGAUGAAUUAAGCAUCAUGUAUUAA